AUGGACAACGAGCAAUUUAUGCCCAAGCUAAACACACUAGAAGAGUAUAUUAAUAUCUGUUUCAACAAUCUACCUUACCAAGAACUAACUAUAGAUAAUAAAAAGAAGUUCCAAAUUGAAAGCUUAUGUGAUUUUUUUGUUUUCUACAACUGCGAUAGGGUUAUAUGCACAUUGAUUGAAAAACAAUGUAAAAAUAAAACGCUAUGUUUUUUUAGCGAUUUGUGUGAAAAAAUAGACAAUAAAUACUUUAAAAAUGCGGAUCAUUUUUUAAAGCAUUUUGUAGAGACAUGGAAUAAUUUUUCCUCCGUUGUAGUUCAUUUAGACGAACUGUUCAAAUCCUUUAGAACGUAUAAUAAAAACGCGUGCUCCAAUUUUGAGUGCCCGUCAUAUAUAUUUAAUCAGUUGUGGAAGAAGUGCAUAAAUAGGUAUCUGCCUGUGAAGAGAAUUCUCAUUCGCAGCGCUUGUGAUUAUUUAAAAUGUGACAAGGUGUUUUGUGAAAAGAAAUUUUAUCAGUACAUUUGUAUGAACAUGCACGAUGAUGCUUUGGACAGCAGGGAUAAUGAAUAUGAUGGAGUUUCUCUUUCCCGUGCAGCGGGGAGAGUAGGAAGUACUCUCGGAGGGGGUCGCAACGUGAGUCUGGUUGGUGCGAGAAGUCUCAGUGAUGAUACUUCCACCGUAGAGAACCGUUGGAGCGUAAAUUCUAACAAGGUCAACGAGGGCGACAACGGGGAAAGCUGUGACAGCGCUGGGGAGGAAGUAAAAAUGGGGGAGGCUGUAAUGGGAAGAGGUAUCAGUGAUACUACAUACGUUAACACGUCCUCCCUUGUUAAUACACAUAUGGGGAUAGAAAAAGCAGAGAAUGAACAAUCGCAUACGAAUGACCCCAACAUCUUCUUUGGUGUGAGUGAGGAGGGAACGAAGAAUGAUGCGCCCAUAGAUGACAAGCUGCUGUGUGCAGGCCUGAGGAUCAUAGACAUGCUGGGACUGUAUGACGAAUUUGAGUACACAUACAAAAAUGAUACGCAGGAGUAUUACGUGGAGAAGGUAAAGGAACAUAUGUCCAAUGAUGAUAUUGUCACAGAGAUGAUGGAAGAUACCAAAAUGGAGGGGAAAAACGCCAAACGUGACCUUCCCGAGGAAAUCGAAAAUUACCUCUGCCACGAACAAAUGAGAUGUAGGAAAUUUUUAAAAGAAGAAACAGAAAUAUAUAUUUUAAAAAUGCUAAAAGAAGUGCUAAUUGUAAGAAACAAGGAUAUCCUUUUUAAAAAUGUGUACAUAAAGCAUUAUAUUGAGAAUGAGAAAUAUGAUAGUCUGAGGAUGCUCUAUUUAUUUUCCCUUCACAUGAAUGACACGGAAAAUUUUUGUGAUAUAUUUUUUAAAGCAGUGGAGGAAAUAGGCCUUGACAUAAUAUACGAGGUGUUAAAAAAGAGAGACAAUUUGAAUACCCUCUGCGAUGCACUUAUACGAUUAGUAAAUUAUAAACUAAACAUUGACAGAGUGAUUAUCAUCUCCUUUCGAUAUUCUUCCUUUUUUACAAACAAGUGGAAAGAAGUUUUUGAGCAUUUUCUGAACAAGGGGAACCAUGCAGAGAAUUACAUGCCAGUGAUACUCAGCAUUUACUUGAACAAUUUGUUGAUGAUGUACAAUACAGGCUUGAAGAAGCUGAAGAAAUAUUACAUAAUUAAUAAACAGCUGAGAAAGGGUAGAAGCAAGAAAAAUAACUUUUUGUUUGAGAAGAAUUGGCAAAGUUUUUGCAACGAAUCUGUUAUCGAGGGGGUGGAACAGGAAAGCUCAAUUUCGACGGACAGCGAUACAAUGAUGGUGGUCAAAAAAUAUUUAAAAAAUAAAAAAAGGAAAAAAAAAUUCCUUCAUCGCGUGACCCAUAUGGGUGAAGAAGGUACCCAUAGUGAUAACCAGGCCGCAGAAGAACCCAACGAUAGCUGCGACGAAGAAAUGAUACACGCCCACACAGAAAAAAUGGAAAAGCUAUUUAAAAAGUAUCAUGAUGUAGGAAAGUACAUUAUAAACACGGUCACCAUAAUUCUGAGUCUUUUUAAAUACCUAAGUGAUAAAGAAAAAUUCGAGAAAUAUUUUCGAACAUUUAUGUGUAAACGAUUAAUAAAUGAUAAAAAUUUUAACAUCGUUCUGGACGUGAAAGUUUUUAAAACUCUUAAAAAAGAAUGUGGUCCCCAAUUUACCAAAAAAAUUGAAACCAUAUUGAAGGAUAUGAAAUUUUCUUGUAAAGGCAUGCAGGAUUUUUACAAGGAAACUGCACACAAUGGCAUAAAAUUGCUCAAAAAAAAAAAGUAUGCCGUUAACGUUAUAUAUAACGAUGUCUGGGAAUACAACAAAUUAGAAGGUGAUAUUAUUUACCCAGAAGCCAUAAAGUUAUGUAAUGAAUAUUUUUGCAAAUAUUACGCACUUGCUAAUAAAGCCAAAAAUAUUAAGUUCCUUCCAUUAUAUGGACUAUGUACUUUGAAAGUCGAUUUGGGAAAGAUAAAAGGGAAAAAAUGUUCUACAUCGAGUGGCUCCUCAUGGGAAAGUGUAGACUAUCGUGAAGUCGGAAAGCAUGUGACACGUGGAAAAAGAGGCUCCAGAGGUGAUAGCAUAAGUAGCGGGAACGGAAACCCCAAGGAUAAAAAUAUUGUUCGUGAAGAUGAGAAUUGCAAAAAUCAGGGGAGGUUCCUUUUCACGGUAACCACUCUGCAAGCAACCGUUCUGAUGUUAUUCAAUGAGAGGCCACAAUACAGCAUAAGCGAAUUGACCGACCUCACAGGGUUCUCCAGGGAUCAUUUAAUAGAGUACUUACAAGCCAUAUACACUGGUUACGAAACCAACAUAUUAAUUUAUGACGAAGAACAUGAAAAUUUUCAGUUAAAUGUGAACUUCCAAACGGACAAUAAAUAUUUAGUGGUCAACUAUUCAGACCAGACGUAUAAAGACAACGCAGCCAUACCUGCGUUGACACAAGACGACCGGGACUUGGAAGACAGAACUCUACACAUGGAUGCAUCCAUUGUGAAGUUCUUAAAAACAUGUGGAAAAGCAUCCGAGAGGGACAUUUGUGCGCACACUCGCCAAAAAAUUAACAACUGCACGAAUGAACAAAUUAAAAACAGACUUGCAUCCCUCAUUAGUAGGGAGUUUAUAUUCUUACAAAAUAAUGUUUAUUAUUUUGAGUUGUGA